UCCGAGUAGCUGGGAUUAGAGGUAGGAUCUUUUGAAUUUAGUGCUAAUAUGAAGAAGAGUCAUCCUGUGCCCACUGCCUGCCACUUGGCGUUCCACGACUAUGCCAACGCAGUCCUUCUCUGUCCUGUCUUGGGCUUGGACAAGCCCGGCUGCUCUGAGGGAGCUGGCAGGCCACACACCACUGGUGGGGAGCGGCUGAGCAGAUUGGAUUGAAGGCCCUAGGCGUCGGACGCCAGCCCUGUCCUAGCUGUCUCCUUGGUGAGAAGAACCAGCCCUCUCGGCCAUGGGCGGCGCUGUGCUGGAUGAGGGCCCCACAGGCGUCAAGGCCCCCGACGGGGCCUGGGGCUGGGCUGUGCUCUUCGGCUGCUUUGUCAUCACCGGCUUCUCCUACGCCUUCCCCAAGGCCAUCAGCGUCUUCUUCAAGGAGCUCAUUCGCGAGUUCGGGAUUGGCUACAGUGACACGGCCUGGAUCUCCUCUAUCCUGCUGGCCAUGCUCUAUGGCACAGGCCCGCUCUGCAGUGUGUGUGUGAACCGCUUUGGCUGCCGGCCGGUCAUGCUCGUGGGUGGCCUCUUUGCCUCCCUGGGGAUGGUGGCUGCGUCCUUUUGCACGAGCAUUAUCCAGCUCUACCUCACCGCAGGCGUCGUUACUGGCUUGGGUCUGGCUCUCAACUUCCAGCCCUCCCUCAUCAUGCUCAACCGUUACUUCAGUAAGCGGCGCCCCAUAGCCAACGGGCUGGCAGCGGCGGGCAGCCCGGUGUUCCUGUGUGCGCUGUCCCCAAUGGGGCAGGUGCUGCAGGACCACUAUGGGUGGCGGGGCGGCUUCCUCAUCCUAGGCGGCCUGCUGCUCAACUGCUGCGUGUGCGCUGCGCUCAUGAGGCCGCUGGUGGCCCCCGAGUCGGCCGGGGGGCCCAGGCCUCAGCAGUCACCCCGGCGGCUGCUGGACCUGAGUGUCUUCCGGGACCGUGGCUUCGUCAUCUACGCAGUUGCUGCCUCCAUCAUGGUGUUGGGGCUCUUCGUGCCACCCGUGUUUGUGGUGAGCUAUGCCAAGGACCUGGGCGUGCCCGACACAAAGGCUGCCUUCCUGCUCACCAUCCUGGGCUUCAUCGACAUCUUUGCCCGGCCGACCGCUGGCUUCAUCACAGGGCUCAAGAAGGUGCGGCCCUACUCUGUCUACCUUUUCAGCUUCGCCAUGUUCUUCAACGGCUUCACUGACCUCACAGGCUCCACAGCCAGCAACUAUGGGGGCCUGGUAGUCUUCUGCAUCUUCUUCGGCAUCUCCUACGGCAUGGUGGGUGCGCUGCAGUUUGAGGUGCUCAUGGCCAUUGUGGGCACCCACAAGUUCUCCAGUGCCAUCGGCCUGGUGCUGCUGAUGGAGGCCGUGGCCGUGCUCAUUGGACCCCCGUCGGGUGGCAAGCUGCUGGAUGCAACGAAAGUCUACAAGUAUGUGUUCAUCCUGGCGGGGGCUGAGGUGCUCACCUCCUCCCUCGUGCUGCUGCUGGGCAACUUCUGCAUCAGGAGCAGGUCCAAGGCAUUGAAGCCCGAGGCAGCGGCCUCAGAGGAGGAGAAGCCCCCUGUGGAUGUGAGGGUGGACUCAAGGGAGGUGGAGCACUUCCUGAAGGCAGAGCCUGAGAAAAACGGGGAGGUGGUUCACACCCCGGAAACCAGUGUAUGAGCGGCCUGGCUGGGGCCGGCAGGGCAAAGGGACGAGGUUCAGAGACUGGCAACAUGUAUUUAUUUCACAAACAGGACUAGCUGAGCCGGGGCUGUCAGCUCGGUGCUGGGGUGCUGGCUGCCUGGUCACUGGGUCACCACCUGACCUGUUUCAUGGGGGGAGGGGGUGAAGUGGGGAUCGUGUCAUUCCAAAGCGGAUCUGCAGUGAAGCCAAGCCCCCAGUUAUAAGCCACCUGCGCCACGGACCCCACCUGCGGACCCCGAGCAGCCUGUGCUCUACUGUAGUCAAGGACUUAGAAACCCGGACUUCUGAGACAACACCACUUUAAUCAGAGCCAGGGCUGCUGCCGGGUGCCUCCCUGUGGUCUGACCCCACUGUCCUGCCCUCCCCUCCUGCGCAGCCCAUUCCCCUCUGCCCAUCUGGGAAGGUGUGCUAUGUGUGUGGAGGUGUGGGCUUGCAGGGAGCUGCUGGUGCAGUUCUGCACCGUGGUCUGUUUACCCCAAGUCUCAGAAACAACCUGGUUAUUCUCACAA